AUGGGAGAUGCCGGCGCUGGUGGCUCCAUGCCUUUCCCCAGUGAUUCAUGCCUAUUCCCUGCACUGAACACUUUAUCUGGUGAGAGCCAGGAUUCCGUGGAGUAUGUUGCAGUAGAUUUAGAGAAAAAGGAUCAAAUUCGAAAAUUCUGCGACUUGCAGGGCAUCGAAUUGCUCCAGCUUCUUCAGCUUACCUGGGCGAUUGUGCUUCGCACCUAUACGGGUUCGAAAUCUCCUCUGUUCAGGUAUGUUGACGGUCAGAAAAUCGGUCUACUAUGCUCCCUGGAUUUGUCGGAGAAGCACGGAACUGCCUUUCUGGCCAAGAAUGUGGUUUUCUGGGAGGAUGCUGCGAUGGGACAUGCGCAACAUUUCAUGAACAGUGCCAUUACAUGGAAUGCCGGAAACAAAGGUCAUUCGGAGCAGGUACUCAUUAGCCUAGACGCCGGCAGUGAUGGAACGGCAGUGCUGAGAUAUCGAGCGUCUGCCUUGGCCAAAAGUCGAGCCAUCGAUGUGGCCGAGUUGGUCACCCAUGUAAUCACUCAACUUUCACAUGGUAUCCAAUGGACCAAGCUCAAUCUAUGCCCACCCAGAUGCCUCCAAUGGCUGUCUCAGCGGCACUCGCUUCGCGAACGUGUAGACGCGUGUGUCCAUGAGCUCAUACUCAAGCAGUGUCAGGCGCGGCCUAAUGCCCAGGCCGUCUGUGCCUGGGAUGGUGAAAUCACGUAUGGCGAGUUGGACCACCUAUCUGCUAGACUGGCUAGACAUCUGACCCGACGUGGGGUUGGGCCAGAGAUUUUUGUGGCGCUGUAUUUUGAAAAAUCACAAUGGGCGGUGGUUGCGCUCUUGGCGGUUAUGAGGGCUGGUGGUGCCUUUGUACUCCUAGAGCCUUCGCUCCCCACUGCACGGUUGCAGGAGAUGUGCUACCAGUUGAACAUUGAGCUGGUUUUGACUGCUGCUAAUUUGAUGAUGGCAGCUGCUGAGAUCGCCCCUAGUGUGAUUCCAGUGGGCAUGCAAUCAGAAUGUUUCAAUGAUCUGCUCUCCACUUUCCCAGUGACGUUACCUGUAAAAGUUGAGCCUCACCAUGCGCUUUACGCGGUCUACACUUCUGGAUCGACGGGAACGCCAAAAGGUGCUGUGAACAUCCACUCAUCUUACUGCUCCGGGCAGAAGGUGUUUGCAGACAUCUACCAAAUUGAGCCGAGCUCUCGCGUCUUUCAAUUCUCAUCAUUUGCAUUUGACUUCAGUAUCCUGGAUAUUAUCAACACGUUGAUAGCCGGGGCAUGUCUAUGCAUGCCCUCAGAGUCCUCGCGCAGAUCCAAUAUCACCGACGCCAUUACCCACCUCCGAGCAAAUUACCUGCUACUGACACCCACCGUCUCACGCCUAUUACGUCCCACUGACAUCCCGCUAGUGAAGACCCUGGUGCUUGGCGGCGAGGCAUUGCGGCAGUCAGAUAUCUCAUCCUGGAUCAGUAAUGGUGUCCGCAUACUCAAUGUCUACGGGCCUGCAGAAUGCUGCAUAGCCACCUCAGUUCACGUCAUGAAUGACGAGCAAGAUCCUAGGGUAUUCAGCUCUGCUGAUUCCGCCUUCUGCUGGAUCGUAGACCCGGACGACCACCACAAACUGCUCCCCAUCGGUGCGGUUGGCGAGCUAUUAAUCGACGGCCCGAUUGUGGGCAGGGGAUAUGUUUGUGAUCCAGUCAAGACUGCCAUCUCAUUUGUGGCCAGUCCAAUGUGGCGCCAGGCUUUUCCUGGAGCCGAUUUCGACGCACGGAUGUACAAAACCGGGGACCUGGUGCAAUAUGUUGCCGGCGGCAAAAUCGCAUUCGUCGGCCGCAAGGAUGCGCAGGUUAAGCUCCAUGGGCAGCGGCUGGAGCUGUCUGAGGUCGAGCAUCAUGCGCGCAAUGUCCUUGAUGGUAAUCAAGACGUGACGGCGGAGCUGAUAACUCCAGCCGACAGUGACAGCCACCCGAUUUUGGCAGCUUUCGUUCUGUCGGCGAAGUCUCCCAAUGAGAUGGGCCAGGAUCUCUCUGCGCCUCCAUCUGAGGAUUUUCGCCGCGUCGCUCAAGCCACCUUGGCCCGGCUGCAUGAUAGCCUUCCCCAAUACAUGGUCCCAUCAGUCAUGAUCCCGAUGACCACCAUGCCCACGACAAGUUCAGGGAAGUUGGACAGACGAGGUCUGCGACAUCUGGCCUCGCAAUUGACUCGGAAGCAACUCGAAGCCUUUACCUGGGACGCUGCUGUACAGCAACGGCUCCCGGCCUCUCCGAUGGAAAUCGUCCUGCGUGGGUUGGUUGAGAAAGUCCUUAAUACUAAGGAAGUUAGCAUGAAUGACAACUUCUUUAGCCUUGGCGGCGACUCUGUUCGAGCCAUGCAACUGGCUCAAGUCGCUCGACGAGAAGCAGGUGUUGACUUAUCUGGAAUGAGUGUACUUACGACGCCAGUGCUAGCUGACCUCGCCCUAACCAUGGCACCGAGUCAAGGACCAGCUGCAGAGAUUCCUUCGUUUAGCCUGCUGGGGGAUCAGAGUGGAUUGGAACAGACACUGUCGCUGGCGUGUAAAGAAUGCGGCCUUGCAUCAACAGCUGAGAUUGAGGAUGUCUACCCGUGCACUCCGCUGCAAGAAGGCAUGAUCGCUCUAUCCAUUAAAAGCCCACAGGCCAAGUAUGCCACACAAGCCGUUUUCCGGGUUCCGCGUGCAAUUGAUAUUGAACGGCUCAAGGAUGCGUGGGACACUGUCAUUCAAUGUUCGCCCGUGUUGCGCACUCGAAUCAUUCAGAGUAACGCUGGCCAAGCAUUGCAGGUUGUAGUGAGAGGCAAUGCUGUAUGGGAUCAUACAGGUGAUUUGGAGGCGUAUAUCGAGCGGAAUACGCAGAAGGGAUUCCGCUUGGGAGGGCCGUUGACACGUUUGGCGAUUGUUGAGGAAAGCGGCUUUAGUUACCUCGCUUUCACUAUUCACCAUGCUUUAUAUGAUGGGUCGUCAUUGCCGAAGGUGUACUCGCAAGUCGAGAGUGCCUACUAUGGCGAGAUACGCCAGUCAAAGCCAUUCAACCUCUUCAUUGACCAUCUUCUCACGCUCGACAAGGACGAAGCAGACGCCUUCUGGCGAGCCAAGCUAGCGGGAUUCAUGGGUCCCCCUUUCCCCAACGCAGAUUUGGUGAACCACCGAUCUACGACCAUAAAGACCAUGGAGCGGUCAAUGGCUAUCACUCCGCCUAAAUCUCUCGGGGUCACGACAGCAACAACAAUCAAGCUAGCUUGGGCCCUCACGCUAUCACAGUAUGGCGGCUCUGACGAUGUUGUAUUUGGCCAAACCCUGACAGGCAGGAACGUGAAUGUUCCCAGUAUUGAGGAAAUCCUGGGGCCAACGAUGACCACCGUGCCGCUUCGUAUACGCCUUCAACGAAUGAUACGGGUGCACGAUCUGCUUCGCGCAGUGCAGGAGGAUAGUGUCGCCACUAUGCCGUUCGAGCAUGUUGGUUUGCAGCGCAUUGCAUCACUGGGAUCUGAGGCUGCUCUUGCCUGUACAUUCCAGAAUCUUCUAAUAAUCCAGCCUCCCAAAGACCAGUCCUCGUCGACUAUCUUUAAUUGUGUUGAAGAGAAAUACUCGACAGAAAUUAUUGAUAAUUACCCCCUGAUGUUGGAGGCGCAUCUGAAAAAGAACGACUCUGUCCAUUUUGUAGCAUCGUAUGACCCCGACGUCAUUGAAGGAUCCCUGAUGCAUGGCAUGUUGAGUCAGCUUGUCCAUAGCAUACGCCAGCUCACGGAGAGUACUGCCGAUACGACCAUGAAGGAACUGUGGUCUGUCAAUCCUUCCGACUUUGGCACCAUAAAAAAUUGGAAUGAUCAUGUCCCGCAAGCUAUCGAUUGUUGCGUUCAUGAUGUGAUAAGACGGCACUGCAUAGCCCGGCCAGAAUCUACCGCGGUGACUGCCUGGGAUGGCACUAUGACCUAUAAGCAGCUCGACGAACACUCGGCCAACAUGGCGGCGCAUCUCACAGAAUUGGGGACCGUCCCUGGCACGUUUGUCAUGAUCCACCUGGGGAGAUGCCUCUGGGCAGUGGUUGCGAUGAUGGCCGUGAUGAAGGCUGGGGGUGCCUUUGUGUUGCUUGAAUCUGGCCAGCCAGUAGCAAGGCUCCAAAAAUUGUGUCAGGAGACACAGGCACCGUUGGUCAUUACAUCCAGCAAGUUCCGAUCGUCUCAGCUUGGUCCCCGAGUCGUCAAUAUCGACUCUUAUAAUUAUUGGCUAUCCAAGCACAGCCCUUCCGCAGAGGUCCCUGUUGGUCCCCAUGAUCCGGUAUAUGUCGUAUUCACAUCCGGGUCUACAGGACGACCAAAAGGAGUCGUUGUUCAACACCGGGCAUUCCUGACUUCGGCCGUCAUGAACGGUGGCAGGCAACAUGUCAAUUCCGACACGCGGUUUCUCCAGUGUUCGUCGUUCACAUUCGAUGCCUCGAUUGCCGAGAUACUGUACUCGCUGGUCCAUGGUGCCUGUGUCUGUAUUCCCACAGAAGCCGAUUCCCGGAACAACAUAGAAAAGGCUAUCGGCGACUAUGGCGUUACGUAUGCCACUCUGACUCCCUCGGUAGCCCGGACAUUGGAUCCCUCCAAGGUAACCACUUUACGCGUGUUGCUCCUGGGAGGAGAAGCCAUGACAUCGACAGAUAUCCAGAUGUGGGCAGGCCGUCUUCAACUAGUCAAUGGCUAUGGGCCUGCCGAAUGCUGUGUGGAUGCUAUCGUGCAACCCAAUGUCACGUCUGCCUCGGAACCUGGUGAUAUUGGCUGGGGAGUGGCGGUUGCCUCCUGGAUCGUAGAUCCCGAGGACACCGGGAUUCUCAAGCCGAUCGGUGUGGUGGGUGAGCUUCUUCUCGAAGGGCCCACUCUUGCCCAGGACUAUCUACACAAUCCGGAGAAGACGGCCGCAUCAUUCAUUGAGUAUCCAGACUGGCUGCGCUCCUUGCGGUAUGGGAAGCCCGGCCGCCUCUAUCGAACAGGGGAUCUGGUGCGUUACAACCCCAAGGGAGACGGAUCGCUCCUUUACGUGGGUCGCCAGGACAACCAGGUCAAGCUGCGCGGGCAACGCAUCGAGCUAGGGGAAGUUGAAGAACAUGUGCGACAGGCUCUUCCAACCGCCCGAGAGGUGGUAGCUGAAAUCGUGAAGCCGUCCGACGCAACUGCACAGUCAACACUCACAGCUUACGUGCUGGCGGGUGAUGCUGGCUCAUCAGCUAUUGACUACAGCAGCCUAUUUGUCUCUGCCAGUGACGACCUUCGUGCCCAAAUUCAGGAUGCUGAGGCCAUACUCCAAGCUCGUAUCCCGAAUUAUAUGAUUCCGGCCGUCUUUCUGCCUCUAGCCCGUGUUCCCUUCACCAUUUCGGGGAAAAUCGACCGGCGCCUGCUGCGAGAGGAAGCAUCAAAACUUUCACGGAAGGGGCUCCGGUCGUAUACUUCAAGGAUGUCCUUGGAAGACUCUUCUCCUUCGACACGGCAGGAGGCUGUCCUGCAGGAUGCGAUUUCCGGCGUGCUCCAGCUUCCACCCACGGAGAUUGGAAUGCAAGACCACUUCUUCCGCCUUGGAGGCGAUUCGAUCGCCGCUAUGAAGCUAGUCGGCGCUAUGCGAGGAACUGGAUUUAGCUUAACAGUAGCUGAGAUCUUCAGUUACCCAUGCAUUUCUGACCUUGCUCGACUUGUUUCAGAGGAUGAAGAUCACAAUCCGUCACCAUUCGAGUCAGUCCCACCAUUUUCUCUGCUAGGCCACACCUCAAGCGUGACAGUCAUUGAGGCCGCAGCAGCUCAAUGCUGCGUGGAUCGAGACAGCAUUGAAGACGUCUACCCUUGCACCCCUAUGCAAGAAGGGCUCCUGGCUCUGAGCAUGCUGGAGCGGGAGAAGUACAUUGGAAAAUUUGUAUUUGAGAUCCCCAAAGGCACGAAUAUUAGCCUUCUUCGUUCAUCAUGGCAGGCGGUCUUUGAUUCGAACCCUAUCCUCCGUACCCGUGUGGUGCAGGCUCCCGGGGGAAACUCCGCGUUAUACCAGGCAGUCCUCCGUCAGCCGGUCUACUGGUCUGGAGAUCUCAGUCCGCUGUUAAUUAUCCAAGGAGGGCCCCUGUACAAGGCUUGCAUCUCACCGCACAAUGAUGAUCUCCAAUUGCACCUCUGGCUUCAUCAUUCCCUGUAUGAUGGCGUGUCCCUUUCUAGCUUUCUCCAGCAGGCCGAGACUGCCUACAACGGGAACUUGUUGGAUUUACGUCCUUUCUCUCCAUUUGUGGCAUACACAAGCUCUCUUGAUUCCGCUGCAUGCAGGCAAUUUUGGGAAUCUGAGUGCAGCGAUAUUGAUGACGCCGCCACAUUUCCGGCCUUCACGAUUGAUCCGCCCGCUGUCAUCGCCCGGGAAUCCAUAUCCACCGCUUUAUGCCUUUCCCAUACAUCCUCCAACCGGUUUACCUUACCAUGUAUGAUUCAAUUGGCAUGUGCUGUCGUCUUCAGCCAUAGGGCACUUUCCAACGAUGUUAUCUACGGGGUAACUCUGACCGGACGAAGCGCCCCCGUUAGGGGCAUUGACAAGAUUUCCGGGCCAACGAUAAGCACCGUUCCUUUCCGGUGCAAGUUGAAACCGGACACAAGAAUUGAUGGAUGCCUGGAGGAGAUACAAAAUCGUCUAGUUCGUAUGAUCCCGUAUGAGCAAAUGGGUCUACAGAGUAUUCGUUCCAUAAACCCCGAGACCAAGAUUGCAUGUGAUUUCCGAUGCCACUUGGUUAUCCAGCUAGAUGAUGAAGAUGCAUCAGCAGAAAAUCCUUUGUUUCGAGAGCCUGCCUCGAAUGACGAUAUGGAUUCGAACUUUGCCAGUUACCCGUUGGUACUAAUUUGCAGGGUUUACCCUAACAGGAAGACUGUUCGUUUCACGGCUAAUUUUCAGGCGUGUAGUGUUAGCUGCAAUGAAGCCAAUGUUGUCUUGGAACAACUUGGUCAUGUUUUCCAGCAAAUUAUCCAGGACCAGGAUCAGUCGCUGGCUGACCUGCAGCUGAUCACACCGUCUGACUGGUCCCGACUCGCCGAGAUCAAUGCCACCGUACCUUCAAAUGUUGACCGACUCAUCCAUGAAGUGGUAUUCGAAAUCUGCAAGACCUAUCCAGAAAAGACAGCUAUUGAUGCAUGGGAUGGCACGCUGUCGUACAGCGAGUUACUAGCAGCCAGCGUCCAAUUCUCCCAGUACCUGAUCUUGAAGGGGGUUGGGGCACACCCGGUUACAGCAAUUUGCAUGGAAAAGUCCCGGUGGACAAUAGUGGCCAUUUUAGCCGUACUGCAGACCGGCUCUGCCUGCACGAUGAUUGAUCCUUCACACCCCGUGACUCGAAUACAAGCCAUGAUCGAUCAAACAGCCGCAGUAUUCACUGUGGUAUCCCCGCUUACCAAGGUCUUGUUGAAGGAUAUAUCGCCCUCUGUCGUGGUCCUGACACCGUUUGGAACGGAUGCGUCGCAGUCAAACCCUUUUCACUCCACACGAGGAGCAAAUUCUAGAGACCCUGCCUUUAUUCAGUUCACCUCAGGAUCCACGGGCACGCCCAAGGGAAUAGUUUUGGAACACACCAGCAUAUCCACGGCCAUGCGCGAUUUAUCUCAGAUUAUGAAGCUGCACAAGUCCGCCCGAAUGCUCCAUUUUGCUUCAUAUGCCUUUGAUAUGAGCAUGAUGGAAAUAUUUGGCUGUUUGACCUCCGGUGGUUGCCUGUGUAUCCCCUCCGACACGGAUCGGACGUCUAAUCUCGAAGGCUUUAUCCAGCAGUACGGGGUGACUUGGAUAUCCAUGAUACCGUCAGUCACGAGGAUCCUGAGUCCGUCUCAGGUCCCAACCCUAAAGACUCUCCUCGUAGGUGGAGAGCCGCUUACAACUAACGUGGUCGAUCAGUGGGCUGACCAUUUGGACCUGAUCAAUAUUUAUGGCCCGGCCGAGUGCACAUUCAUGGUGGCGGCCGGGCAAAUUCCGCCGACCGGCUGGAUUCCUGGUACAAUCGGUCCCGUCGUUAAUGGUGUUUGCUGGAUUACGAGUGCCUCAAACCCAGCCCAACUGGCAGCCUGGGGUGCCGUUGGAGAGCUCUUGGUCGAGGGCCCCAUUCUGGCCCGGGAGUACAUUGGGAGCCCAGAAAAGACGGCAGCCAGCUUCAUGCCCAGUCCAGCAUGGCUCACGAAGUUGCGGGGCCAUGACAAGUCUCGGCUAUAUCGGACCGGAGAUCUGGUACAGUAUACUGAAAAUGGGGAAAUCAAAUACGUUUGUCGUCAAGACAGGCAAGUAAAGAUCAAUGGGCAGCGAAUCGAGCUGUCCGAAGUCGAAAACCACCUUACCCCGUAUUUCCCGGCCGGCACGACCGUCGUGGUCGAAAAAGUGACAUCCCAGCCCACGGUCCGGUCACGUCUCUGUGCGUUUGUCUGUUUCCGAGAAAGGGAGAAGCAGAUGUCGGGAGAUAAAGAGACUCCAAUUUUUGCUGGACCUGACGAAGAAUUUUUGAGAAUCUCCCGCGCAGCAACAACUCGUCUGUCCAAGUGCUUACCCCAGUACAUGGUGCCCCAGAUCUUCAUUUCUUUGAAUCGAGUCCCACGCACCUCCUCAGAGAAGAUUAACCGCUCUCUGCUUUGCGAAUUGGCGAGUACUGCCAACAGCAGCAACUUGGAUGGUUCCACUGUCCACAAUGAAGAGAGCCGUGCCCCCUCCAACGAGACAGAGAAGAAACUUGCCGGAAUUUGGGCAGAGCUGCUGGGUAUAGAAGUGGACAGGAUUGGCACUGGCAACAGCUUCUUCCAGAUCGGGGGUGACUCCAUCCUGGCUAUGAAGCUGGCAGCGGAGACAAGGCGUCAUGGAAUGAAUUUGACAGUUCCGUUUAUUUUCACUCAUCCAGUUCUGUCAGAAAUGGUGUCAUAUAUGGAGACGACGAGUUCAAGCUCCAUUUCCCAUGCAGUUACCAGUCCAUUUGUGCUAUUGGAAGCCAACACUAAAGACUCCAUAGUGAGCGCAGCCGCGCAGCAGUGCUCGGUAACAUCAGACCAGAUUGAGGAUAUUUAUCCAUGUACGCCAUUGCAGGAAGGCCUGACGUCCCUUUCAAUGAGAGCACCUGGGGCUUUCAUUGGCUCCUUCAGUUAUAGCCUCCCGGUGGACAUCGAUAUCACGCGCUUCCGUAAAGCCUGGCAGGUCGUCGCUGAAUCCAAUCCUAUUAUGAGAACACGAAUUGUCCAGUAUGGUGCUCUGUUUCAAAGCAUUGUCCACGACGAGUUGCCCUGGAUGGUUGUUGGCGAUAUCACCGAGUACAAUCACUCUUUGUCGCAGCGGGAGAUGCAGCUGGGUCAGCCUCUCAUCUUCCUUGCGCAUGGUCAACAACGCCCGGGAAACCGGACCGAUUUCCUUCUGGUCAUCCAUCACGUCCUCUAUGAUGGGUGGUCUUUGCAGUUGAUCUUGGAUCAAGUUCACCAGGCGUAUAAUGGUCACUCACUCACCACUCGACCCUUCAAUGGAUUUAUUGAGUAUCUCGUACACUCGAAUGGUAAAGCUUCGCAGGACUACUGGACUAAUCAGCUGGCGGAUUUCUCUGGCUCUACAUUCCCCUCGCUGCCCUCGUCCGACUAUCGGCCUGUUGCAGACUCGACAAUAUCUGAGACGAUCCCCCUACAAUCCCCUGCUGGAAUAACAAAGGCCACCUUACUCCAGCUGGCAUGGUCUCUGGUGCUGUCCCGCUACACGGAUACAAGUGACGUGGUGUUUGGCCUCACCCUUUCCGGACGGCAAGCUAGUGUGCCGGAAAUUGAAUCUGUAACCGGUCCGACAAUCACCACUGUGCCUCUGCGCGUCCGCUUACAAGGUAAAAAUUCUAUCAUUAGUGAGCUGCGCAGACUUCAGGAACAGCUGGCAGUGAUGGUCCUCUUUGAGCAGCUAGGUCUUCAGAACAUUCGUCGACUGGGGGCAGAUGCUGCAGCAGCGUGCGAAUUUCAAAAUCUAUUGUUGAUCCAGCCGGCCCCCGAUGCAUCCAGAGAUGAGUUUUUGUUGCCCAUCGACCAGCGAGGUAGUGCAGAAGCCUUUAGCGCGUAUGCACUUGAGGUCACUUGUGAAACCUCCGCCAAUGAGACCACCAUCAUGUUGGACUUUGAUCCCAGAGUCAUUCAACAGCAACAAGCCCAACGAAUGCUCUCUUGCUAUACACACAUCGUGUGGCAGAUGCAGCAGGAUCCAAACAAGAAGAUCUCCGAUCUUGACUACGUUAACCCCAGUGCUCAAAGAGAGAUCAUGCAGUGGAAUGCAGCGCUUCCCCAGGCAGUAGACCAAUUUGUUCAUGAGGGCAUUCACCAGCAAUGCAUCGAGACUCCUGAUGCACCAGCUGUUUGCGCCUGGGAUGGUGGGUUCACAUAUCGAGAGUUGGACCAUAUCUCGUCGAUCCUUGCUGAGCAUGUCCAUAACCUUGGGAUUGGUCCUGAAGUUUUCGUUCCCAUACUCUCGGAGAAGUCCUGUUGGGUGGCUAUGGCUAUUUUGGGUGUUAUCAAGGCUGGAGGGGCUUUAAUCCUUCUUGAUCCCAAGAUCCCAUUCGAGCGUCUGCGGACAAUCUGUCAAGAUGUCAAUGCUCAAACCAUUGUCUCUUCCUGCAGUUGUGCCAAUCUGGCCUCCCAACUUACCACGACGGUGGUCACUGUUGGGCCUGACACCAUCCCUCAAGGCCACAACAAUACCCAAAUCACUUUGUCAAGCCAAUUUACACCUCAAAACGCUUUGUACGCGAUUUUUACAUCUGGAUCGACGGGCAAACCCAAAGGAAUCGUCAUUGAUCACUCUGCAUUCUACACUAGCUGUCGUGCACAGCAAAGACCCUUGUAUCUCGACCCAACAGCCCGGACACUGCAGUUUGCGUCACACAUGUUUGAUGUGAGCGUCGCAGACUACCUGUGGACGUUCCUCACUGGCGGUUGUUUAUGUGUUCCAUCCGAGGAAAGUCUCAAGAACAACUUGCCGGGCGUGGUUAAUGACCUCCAAGUCAACAGGAUUGACAUGACUCCCUCCCUGGCGCGGGUCUACCGGCCGGAUGAUAUGCCAACCAUCAAAACAAUCCUCCUGGGCGGCGAGCCCAUGUCACAAGUCGACGUGCAAAUGUGGGCAGGCAGAGUACGUCUGGUCAACGGCUAUGGGCCAUCUGAAUGCUCGGUCUGUUGCGUCUUGGCCGACGUGUUCGCGGAUUCCGAUCCUUCUAACAUCGGGCACACGUACGGGGCUGUUUCCUGGAUCGUUGACAGGGAUAAUCACAAUCGCUUGGCUCCUCCGGGUGCCCCUGGCGAGUUGUUAUUGGAGGGACCCAUCCUCGCGCGAGGGUACCUGGGCGAACCGGAGAAAACAGCGGCUGCGUUCAUCGACUCGCCUCCACCGUGGCUGCAGGGUUUGAGAUCCGGGUUACGGCUCUAUAAGACCGGUGAUCUGGUGCAGUAUGCAGUUGAUGGGACUAUUCGAUACAUUGGACGCAAAGACACGCAGGUGAAGAUUCGCGGGCAGCGAGUCGAGCUUGGGGAGAUUGAGCAUCAGAUUCGUCAGGCGAGCUUAUCCAGGGCUCGUGAUGUUGUCGUCGACCUGGUUACCACCUCUGGACAUGGGCAGACGGGGCCAAUGCUGGUGGCGUUUUUCUGCGAUGAUCCGACAACAGUCAUUCGUGGGGAGACAAGUGUGCCGCUGUUUGUUCCUAGAAGCCCAGAACUGCAAACAGAGUCACAGGUCAUUGUACAGGCCCUGGUCAAACGGCUGCCGUCUUACAUGAUACCAAGUGCUUUCAUUCCACUAGCCUACAUGCCUGUCUCACCCAACGGCAAAACAGACCGCCGCUUCGUACAUGAGCAAGCAGCAGCACUCUCAAGGCAAGAGCUGGAACAGUAUCUCACGCGUCAUGUUACUCAACGCCCCCCAAGGACAAUGUCAGAACAAAUCCUCCGGUCAGUCCUGAGUGAGGUACUUGGUCUCGACGCCGGCAAGGUGGGCAUGGACGACGAUUUCUUUCAGCUCGGAGGCGACUCUAUUAUUGCCAUUCGACUGGUGUCUCGUGCGCGUGAGUCGGGCUUUUCCUUCCGAGUGACGGAUGUCUUUGAGAACCCAAAGCUGUCUGCCCUGGCCUUAUUGCGGGCAGGUGAUGGCAUGGUAGAGGGAACUAUAGAGACUGCCCUAUUAAGCGCGCAUUAUCUCGGCUUCACAGGAAGAGACGACAUGAUCGAUACGAUUCUAUCUUCCGAGCCAUAUCCUUUUUCCAAAGACAACGUUCGUGAAAUUUUGCCUUUAACUGAGGCAGCACACUGCAUGUUGCUUCAGGCGCCAGAAUACUGGGCAGUCAACCUUGAAGGCACGAUUGAUUACAACCGGCUUCAGUGGGCCUGCACAGAGCUAGUCCAGCGCCAUGAGAUUCUGCGGACCGUUUUCGUGCAAUUACAGGAUCAAUUCGUUCAAGUGAUUCUCAAUCAUAUUGACACUUACAUCCAGCAUCAAGGGUUCGUGGCCAACUUGGAUGGAUUUGUAGACCAGCAUCGCCGUGAAGACCACAUCUCCACCCCAACCAUUGGCACGCCCGUGACGCGCUUUACGUUUGUCCAAGGACCACAGGAAAAGCAAAUCCUUGUGUUGCGCCUUAGUCAUGCACAGUUUGACGGGUACUGCUUACAGACCCUCUGGCAUGACUUGAAGUGUUUGUAUGAAGGUGCCAGCUUGCCCCCAGCGGCAAAGCCGGUCUCACAUAUCCAGCAGUGGAUCAUGGCUCAACAACAAGAGGAGGCCUUCAGUUUCUGGAAAGAUGUUCUAGAUGGGUCGACGGUAACAAGAAUUGACAACUCAACGUUUGGUGACAUCAACAACGGGGGCCAUUCGCCCAACAGUCGAGAUACCCAUCUCAUCACUGCCACUCAUCGCGCUUGCCUCGGGACCGCCAUUCCACAUUCCAUUACACCGGCCACGCUAUCCAAGGCUGCAUGGGCUUUUCUCCUCGCGCGACUCACAGGCGAUGACAGCGUGGUGUUCGUGCAUAACUCAAAUGGCCGCAACUACGCCUCCCCAGACGCCCACCACGUCGUCGGUAUGUGUAUCAACUUCGUCCCUGUUAGGGUCCCGCUGAACCCGGCCUGGACGGCAUUCGACCUCAUGCAGUUUGUCCAGCAGCAAUAUCGCAACAGUCUGCCUUAUGAGCUUCUGGAUUUCCAUCGGAUUGUGGAACACGCAACCCCCUGGCCCAAGGGGACUAAACAUCAGAGCAACUUGUUGCACCAAAACCUCGACCCAGACACGCCAUUUCCCUUCGGCAAAGCGCAAGCGCUGGUGACUUGCUCAUACGAGUGGCCGGACCCUCCGGAUGAGAUUUUGGUCGAGUCGCUGCCGCUGCCGGACGGCGAUUUACAACUGACCAUGGAUGUAUCGACUAUGGUCCUAAGUCAAAGGAAUGCAGACACUGUGGUUGAGAAACUUUGUCGCUUGAUCACGGCCUUUUCGAACUCUCCAUAUGAGCCUCUUUCCCGACUCAGGGGUAUUGUCUAAGGACAUUAUGCUGUUUGUUUCGCGAUCCCAAUGCGGGAAGAUGUAAUCUAGAGAUAAUUAUUUGUUUUUUUUUUCAAAUGUACAACAAUUCAUUACGGACAUUU